AUGAAUUCAGACACGAAUGCAUUUAAGGACAUAAGAAUUUCAUGUGUUGAACUUUCUAGGAUCGCUUUUUUACCCACCGAAUCAUUUGAUCCAAAUUCAUUAACGCUAUUGGCAUGUUUAAAAAAAGUUGAAGAGAAGUUAUCAGCAUACGAAGACGAUUCACUUUCGCCAAAAUUUGCAGAUUAUGUUUUUGUUCCUAUCGCGAGUUUAUUGAAACAGCCAGCUCUCGGCGAGUCUCAAACAGAAUACGUCCUACUAAUUAUAUUUCAUCUCUUACGGACAUGUUGGUCAUCUAAUGGUAAAUUCUCCGAGCAAUUGGGACAACAACUGUUCCCCUUAAUCACAUUUUUAGUCAGUUCUGAUAAAGAUAAUCAAAAAUUAAUUACUAGAUCAGACGAGUUCAAGUACGCUGGUUGUUUAGUCUUGCAUCAGUUUUUCAAAUCAGUAAGAUCGCAAAGGUACCAUAAAGAGUUCUUUUCGAACUCAAAACCUAAUUUACUUCCCGCUCUAGGACAUUCUGUUACCAUUCUGUUGAAAAUUCUGGAGCAAUCGCCCCAAAAUAAUGAGCUUCAAUUCAAAGCUUUGGCAUCCUUAGAAGUACUAUUUCAGGACAUAAUAUCUGAUGGUGAAAUGCUUUCCUUUAUUCUUCCGGGGAACGUUUCUGUUUUCGCUAAGAUACUUACUAAACCAGGCCGUCAAAUACAUUAUAAGGUGUGUGUUCGCACGCUAGAGGUUCUGGCAAAAUUAUUGGUUUUGGUUUACGAUGAUUUUAGUUUGGAUAUCAAAGUAAAUAAGUUAACAGAUAUUCGAGAGUUGAGCGAUACAAAGUUAAAACACGAGAUAAAUCAAUCAUUUAUGUUUAAUGGACCUAUUGUUUUGUUACGCACAGAUGGGAAGACGCAUAGAGAUACAAGUUGGUUGACGGCAACUUCUGGGCAAAUCAAUAUUGCUUUGGAGGCCUUUAUACCCAAACUAUUAAAACGUAAUAAUGAAUCAAUUGAUGAGGCAUUAGCGACAUUUGUAUCAAUCCUUUUAACUAGAUGUGAAAAUUCUUUAAAUAAUUGUGAGAAAGUGUUGGUAUCCACUUUAGUACAUUUGGAGCGUGAUCCGAUGUCCAAAUUACCAUCGCAUUUGGUAAAAUUAAAGGAAGUUGUCAAUGAAGACCUGCACAAGCUAAGUGACAUUAUUCGGUUUGAAAAUGCAGAUAGGUUAUCAUCUUUAUCAUUUGCAAUCACUAUUCUAGAGAAAAAUAACGAAAGAGAUACAAUGAUCAAUGAGGUAGUUAGAUGUUUAUUUGAAUCGCUUAAUGAAUCUAUUGAGCCACCAAGUUUGAUCAAUCAUAAAGAGAGAAUAAUUGAACAAAGUAGUCAAUUAACAACUACAGUAAAUUUCGAAAACUUGGAAAGUACGAAUGCUCUGAUUGCUUUACCAAGAUUAUCAGAAGACAUGUCACUCAAACUGAAAAAAUUUACAUACCAUAUGGGUUCUUUGUUGUUAGAAAGACAUAUUCUCAACGAUGUGGUGACAGAGUUGAUUUCAGAACAAGUUGAUUCACCAAGAACGCAGAAGAUAGUUGCGCUGUGGUUAAGCACCAAUUUUAUAAAGGCUAUGGAAAAGCAACCGAAGGAGGAAGAAGUCUAUCUACAAUUUGAAUCUGAUGCCAACUAUUCCUCUUCCAUGGUUGAAGAAGUGUGUUUGAUUGUAUUGGAAUUUUGCAAUGAACUUUCUCAAGACAUUAGCAUGGAGAUUGAAGGUAAAGGCAUAAAAAAAAGUGAUGAGUUUGCCGUAUGUACAGUUUUAUUCUCUAUUGAAACGAUUUGUGCGGUAAUGAGAGAAGAAUUUCAACCAGAAUUGAUUGACUAUAUAUACACAGUAGUUGACGCCUUGGCAUCACCGUCCGAAGCCAUUAGGUAUGUGAGCCAAUCCUGUGCAUUGAGGAUAGCAGAUACCCUAUAUCAUGGGUCUAUCCCAAACAUGAUCUUAAGCAACGUAGAUUAUCUUGUAGAAUCUAUUUCCUCAAGAUUGAAUUCUGGGAUGACUGAACGAGUGAGCCAAAUAUUAAUGGUGAUUUGCCAAUUGGCUGGCUAUGAAACCAUUGAAAAUUUUAAAGAUGUUAUUGAAACGAUAUUUAAACUACUGGAUUAUUAUCAUGGAUAUAGUGAUCUCUGUCUUCAAUUUUUCCAACUAUUUAAAAUCAUCAUUUUGGAGAUGAAGAAAAAAUAUAUCAAUGAUGAUGAGAUGAUUUUGAAAAUAGCUAAUCAACACAUUUCACAAAGUACUUUUUCGCCCUGGGGUAUGACCGAUUUUCAGCAAGUACUCAAUAUACUAGAUAAAGAGACACAGGUUAAAGAUGACAUAACAGACGAGAACGACGUCGAUUUUUUGAAGGAUGAUAAUGAGCCCAGUAAUUUUCAAGAAUAUUUCGACUCCAAAUUAAGAGAGCCAGAUAGCGACGACGAUGAAGAAGAAAGAGAAGAAGAGGUGGAAGGAAGUUCUAAAGAGUAUACUGACCAGUGGACCUCACCUAUACCAUCAGAUUCAUACAAAAUACUAUUGCAAAUUUUGGGUUAUGGGGAAAGAUUAUUAACCCAUCCAUCAAAACGAUUAAGAGUGCAAAUUCUUAUUGUUAUGAGGCUUAUAUUUCCCUUGCUAUCAACACAGCAUAAUCUGUUGAUAAGGGAGGUUGCUAGUACAUGGGACUCCAUCAUACAGUGCGUCCUAUGCUCUGAUUAUUCGAUCGUUCAGCCCGCAUGUUCAUGCGUGGAGCAGAUGAUAAAAUAUUCUGGUGAUUUUGUCGCCAAGAGAUUCAUUGAACUUUGGCAGAAACUGUGUCAGGAUUCUUUUAUAUUGAAAGAACUGAGGAUUGAUCCAACGGUGCACAACCAUGAGAAAAAAUCGAUUAGUAAGCAUGUCAAAUUCCCACCAGUAACUGAAAAUGCGCUAGUAUCGAUGGUACAUAUGGUGCUAGAAGGGGUCAAAAUUACAGAGUAUUUAAUUUCUGAAGCGGUACUUGAACAAAUAAUAUAUUGUUGUAUUCAGGUUGUUCCAGUGGAGAAAAUAUCAUCUAUGUCAUUGAUAGUGGGGGAUAUCGUGUGGAAAAUAAGAAAUAUAAAUUAA